AUGCAUUUUGAAGUAAAGACUCAAAUAAUGCUACUUUUCUCGGUUGCUAUCAUUUGUCUGCUAAGAAAUGAACUUUUUAUAAAGCUACCCAACAAUUUUAUCGCAUGCCCACUUAAAUUUUUAUGAAUUUUUAGUAAUCCUCUCUUAAUAUUUUUAAUAAGGCAAUGCAAUGCUUACCAGUUUAAUGCUAGCUUAAGAGCUGCCCAGAAAUAUAUAAAAGUAUUUUUACAAAAUAAAAAUUUAAAAACCAUCCUCAAUAUACUUAAUAAAUCAUGGCAAGGAAAUUUAUUAAAAGUGAAAGAUAAUGAGCGUAAAGAGAAAAUCGAUUUUUGAAUUUAG